AUGGAUGAGCAGCGUGCGUCCUCCCUUGAGGAGGAAGUGCAUCAUGGCAUUGAUGUUAUUGUGAAGCUUACACAGUUUAGUGGCGGUGAAGAUAGCGUUAAAACACUAAUUGAUAAAGAAAUUGCGAGGCUUACAAAGCAGCAUAAUGGCUGUCAAAAGUCUCCGCAGUCUCCUGACUGUCCUCAGCAUAAAAAGCUUGAGGAGCUUAAAAAGAAACUUAAUACAUUGACUCAGAAUAAUGAUAACGAUUGUGAAACAUUAUUAAAUAACCUGUGCUCCGGCCUGGAGAAGUUCCUUGGUUACCAAGAAACUUCCAAAGGCUACGAUGGCUCCGGCAUCGUGUACUCUGACCUUGACAGGCUGUGCGACGGGGUGAUGUCUUUCCUUCAUGGUGUUCUUAAAGAUGUAAAUGACAAUCCAAAUUUGUCUAAAUACAAUAAUAAUUUGCCUGGCGUCCUUCAAAAAAUUACUGACGCUCUCUAUAAUAGAGAUAAUUUUGAUAGUAGUAUUGUCGAAGUUGGCAAGGGGAUUAAGCAGUGGGUGAGCGGGGUGGAUGGAAGUAAUAAAGGAGUGAUGGAGCCGUUGGAGAGUCUUGAAAUUACUAUUAAGGGGCAUAUGAGGUUAAAUAUGAAUGACAUGUCUAUUACCAAUCAGUUACAAAAUUGGCAGACGCUUGCUGGCGACUACCUAGGAAAGGUGUUGGAUUCAGAGUUGGCGUUAAAUGAGGUUGACAAAAGGCUUGAAGACAAAUUGACCGCUACUGUAGGUUUCCUAAAACAGGCCGCUGAGAAUUUUUGGACAUCCAUAAAUGACUCUAGCUUGCAAGGUUGUGUAGAGGAGCUGGAAAAUAAAUUUGCGCAGCGAAGGGAGGAAGUGAAGAGUCAUAUAGAGAGCAAAAUACAAGGGGCACAGCAAGAAUUGAAUGUGAGAUUGUCGAGUGUUGAACAUAAAAUUAAUGGCCUUAAGAGGGAUAAACAGAGUGGAUUCGACAAUAUUAAUAAAUCCAUAAGUGACGCAUUAGAGAUGUCUGAUAAAGCAAUUGAGAGACUCAAUAAUGAUUAUAGACAAAAGCUUGAAGAACAAUUUGCGUUGUUGAGAGAGACGAUGAAACAUAUUGACCCCAAUGAUAAGCAUGCGCCGGUAGAAGGAGUGAAAUCCAAGUUGAGGGAUCAUGUUGAGCACAUCAAGAUCCAGGUUGGAGUAAUGGACAAGGCGUGCAAAAACAAAUUGAAGGAAAUCUGGGAACACGUGAGAAAGAGCGUUGGAAAAAAUGAUAGCGAAGGUCUUUUGGCGGAGCUCACUAAACUGGAUGAGGAUGUCAAAAGUGAUUUGUAUACGAUUAGAAAAAACGUAGAGAACGAAAUGAAGAGGUAUGUCAAGACGUAUGUCAGCAAAGUCAAGCAGAGUGUUGAGAAUAUUCGAGAGACGGUAGGGGACAAAGAUACAAUUUUGCGAGGCAGGGAUGCAAGUAUGUAUUAUAAUUGGGAGAUGCUUCAACAGCAGAUUACUACGCUAGUUGGUUGGAUUAAUGGGACAGGGGAUAAUUAUGAUGGACUGAAAGGGAUUCAACAUAAGGUGAAGGAGUAUCAUAAGACGUUCAAAGAGAAUCUUAAUUAUAUAAUAGGCGUAUGGGUUGCAAAUAAUAUUUUGAAGAAAGAUAAGGUCAUCAUAACGAAGAUUAAUGCAUAUGUUACGGAUAACAAGAGUCCUAUGAAUAAGCUUAAGCAAAUAUAUGACAGUUCCGACAGAUCUAAGAUCAAUGACGAACUGUGCAAGGAAAUCGCAACUAUUUUCCAGAGUCAACUACUUCAAAAGAUUGGGAAGGUCGAAGUUGAAACUGGCGACGGCACAAUCGAAAGGUAUCUUGAAGCUGUCAAAAAAGGCUGCAAUACAUUUGCCGAUCAGCUUCAGGGGCAGCUUGUUGAUGAACAGUUCAAAGUUAAGUCUGACCUUGCCGCGAAGAUGGCCAGGGAGGUAGAGACCGCUGUGUCCGCCACUAAAUCAGCUGAUAGUACCAACAAGGCCCACCUCAUAUAUGCCGUACACCUCAUUCUCGAACAAAUCGUUGUUAUAUCUAGGCAAACUGCCAAAGCGCUUGCAAAUUUCACUUCAAACAACGCGGGAUACAACCUCGGCAGAAGUUUAGAGGCGGCUAUAAGUAAUGUGGAAGCAAUUGGGAAGGAGUUUGACAUAUCAGAUAGAACCGGGAAAGGCUACGGCAAAAGACUCAAUGACGCAUUGUCUAAUGUGAAGCAACAAAUUGAAAAGCUCUACAGCAAUAUGCACACGGCCGCUACGUCUUCCACAGUCAUAUCCGCUGACGCAGGUUUUGAGCUUAACGACAGUAUUGAAAAAAGGGUUGAUAAGAUAUUGGACGACAACAUUGGCGCGCAGGAUGGUAGCACUGGUAAAGUAGGAAAGCAAUUUGGUUCAGAUGGUCAUAUGUACAGUUACAAUCAGCAGACGAAGAAAGGUAAUUCUGGUUUCGAAACAGGGACGUUAAGACGCAAGAUUGAUGACAUAAGGAAGAAGUUUGAUGAACAGUUCAUAGCAAACAAUGAAAUCAAAACAAACGAACUCCAGCAUUAUGAGUACGCUGAAAGCUUGUAUAACUCCACCAUGGAGUACGUGGUAGAGGCGAUUGAUGAUUUAGAAGCUUUGCCAGAUGCCGUUGUUGAGGCGGAAGUGGAAGCCGAAAAACUAAUGGACCAAAUGCAGCAGCACAUCGAAGCCGUACGAAGUGAUAUUAGUACAAUUGCUUUAAAUGUAAAAUCGGCGGCAGACGCUGUUGACUCCGCCAUCCACUCCGUUGUAACAGCGUUAGAGGAGACCCGAAAUACUACGAAUAGAAUGCUACAAGAGUUGAAGAUAAACUUACAAAUGAAGGUUCGGGAUGUUUUGAACGACCUGGUGGAUGGCGUUCAGGAGACUUUCAAUGCACAAAAGCAUGCUGAAUUAAAAGCUUUGCAGGAAAGCGUUGCAAAGUAUACAUCCGAAAUCCAGAAGCUCAUCAACGACGAUACCAACGCAGGCCUGAAAGGCCUGAUGAACAAGCUGAGUGACACCUUCAAGACAGAAAGCCUGCAAGGCUUAAGCAAUGCAACGCUUGACUUAAUGGCGAGCAGAGUCAAAAGCUUUUAUGACAAAUUCUUCACCUUAUUGAAAUCACAAUUCGACGUCUCUCCACAUACCAAAAUUGUUGACCCCCUCGCCUCCGCCCUCUCCGCCCUGCUCUCCACAAUGCACUCCAAACGCCACUUCCACCGCGAAGUCUCCGACAAAAUCGACGCGCUCAAACGCGAACUGGACAACUUCGCUCCAACAAAAUUCUCCGAAGCCUCUCCCCUGCUCAACGUCAUAAAGCGCGGCGUCACGCAGCUCCACCAGGAGCUCGAAAAGCAGUACGUCAGCAGGUACAGCGGCAUACAGUUCGCUGGACCUCUAGUGAGACCUAAUGAGAAUUCCGAAACAACACCAGUUAAAGCACCCAAACAAAGUGACGACAAUAAUGAAUUGACUGACGAAGGCCGCAAUGCCGCCAAAGUAUGUGUCACGCUUUUAGCCAUUUUACGUCGCGACCUGAACAAUCUAAGAGAAGAUUGUGACACGAAUUGGAGUGGCAAAACACUAUGCAGAGUGGAUGCCGGCAAAAGUAAUCCACUCGGAAAGUGGUUUGAUGCGCGUGGCUUCACGGUGUCAAAAUCAGCCGACAAGCAAGAAGGCGAAUUGAACAAAAAUAAAAAUGCGUCAGCUAUAUCUGGGAAGCUCAACGAGACAGUUCAAGGUGCCGACAGUAAUUCACAUCUCACAACGUGCAAGCCAAAUGAUAAAGCAGACAAAUUCAAUGCCCUCGACAUCCUCGACUGUCUGUUCGAUCACCUCACUCAAUAUAAUAAGACUUGCCACUUAAUUAUUCCAAUUUCACCUAAGUUACCGUCUAGCGUAAACGAUAUGCUGCAAUGGCUCUCCGGUCUACGGUACAAUCACAUGCGGCAGCCAGUCGUGAGUGCUUUCAACGGGUUGUUUAGCGACGCAGAAAAAGGAUUGGCCGUGACAGCUCCACACGACGUCCUAAGAAAGAUACCAAGCUCAACGCUGAGACCUAACACACUGGCAGGCACACUUACCGUAGUGUGCCGUCAAGCCGAAAAAACACUCAUCGCCAUCCAGGGCUACGGACAUUCCGACGGCCGUUACGCCUGCGAGUUCUCCGACAACUCCCGCAAUUUAAUGUAUCCCACAAACCCUGCUGCGUGUUUAGACAUGCUUAUAGAUAUACUGUGUAGGCUUCAACAACAAUUGUGCUUCCUCUACAGACAAUGUUGUUUCAUGAGUAACUGCAGUGGAUGGCGUGACUGUCAUUACGGUCAACACGUCGCUGGGUCAUCGUGGCAGUGCAACGAUAAGCAAUGCCCUGACCAAACGUGUGACCAAACAUGUAACCAAAAGUGCAAACAACAUCCUGACUGUGGCCUCAAGUCGCCGCUUCAAUCGUUCCUUGAAGACGGAUUGCAAGGGUUCUUGCCACAUUCAUUUAGCAGUCCCGGCUGCAAGUUAACGUGUACGGUAUCCAAUCAUAGAGGCCUUCCUUGUAAGACGCCUAUGGGCUUCGGUGACCUCUGCGUAACGGCGUCUCAUACACGUAACGGCGCGUAUCUCAGAGAUGUGCUCUACGAUUUCUGUGGCGAUGCUAGCAAGCCGCUCAGCAGAUUAUGCGGCUACCUUGUAUGCCUUGUGAAUCGUCCACCUGGAACAUUAGGCGAGAUGUUUGGGUUCUACUAUUCCUUCAUCCAUGGAUGGAGUGGUAGCGGUACCCAUCGUAAGGAUGGCUUCAACAAAGCCGUGAUCAGUGCCAAUUUCGAAAACGAAAGUACAAGCCUGGACAUUGCUCCAGUAUUCAGAAGCAGCGAUCAUAAAUCUGGUAAUUGUAUGCCGCACCUCACCGGUGAUCUGCACGCUCUUGUUAAAUGCACCGGUACAACAGGGGACGCUGCGUCACACCCAUGUGGUCCGUACUUGAGAUCACUGUGCCAUGACAUCCGAGGCAUAUAUUCAGAGACGUACGCAGCCAAAUAUCUAUCAUGGAUUGUCUAUUUAACAGAGACAUUCUAUAAGCUGCUAAGCAUGUUGUAUGAUGAGUGUAACAGUAAAUGUGGCGGUGAGAAACCAAGAUGCCGUAAAAGUAAAUGCAUUAGCAAUUGCGAAGCUGCAAAGUGGCCGAUUAGCCCUGAAUCGAGGCAUGAUGAAUCCUGUCAUUCAAUUGUAAAGUGCGCAUUCACACUGCCAACAUUGUGCAAAUACGGUCUAUAUUUUGAAAACACGUUAGACCUCGCCGGCAUGAACGGAAUGCCAUUGAAACGCACAUGUAACGAUUUUUGUACACUAUUAAAAACAGUGCUAAAUGAAAAAUCUGUUCUUGUUAAACUCUUCCAUGCAAUCGAUGAUUUCCUAAAAGAAAUCAGAUGGCCCUUCAUGACGACAUUGCUCACCCUCUGGUCGCUGUCGCUCCUGUACCUGCUGCACAUCGCCGUCGUCCGCCUCGACGUCCUGAGGAUACGCUCCCACCUGAGAUCACCCUCAAGCCACCGCAUCGCCGCCCAGUCCCUCCUCGCCGCCGCACGCGUCAGGGCACUCGCCAACGUCAAGUAUAAUGGCCAUUAUUCCGAAGUACAUGGCUCUGACUCUAAAAGAAAGAGCGGUGAAAAGGAUCUUUUUGAGCGCCGUAUCUCUCUUGGUCUGCUUGCCGGACAGCUUUCGGGUUUAAUUGGUGGUGGAGAUGAAGUAAAAAAGGCUAUUGUGAAUGGUUUGCACAGUAAUGUAAGUCAGCUUGAAAAGCUUUUGAAUGCAUCUUGCGGAGGUGAGGGGUGUGAUGAUGCUGUGAAUUUCCGUGAUGGAGAUCUUAAAACUCUUCAAGAGCAGUUUAAUGAAGUUGAUAAAAUUGCAACAGAAAUUGAUGGCCUUAAUAAGCAAAAAGAUGAAAAAAGGAAGGCGCCCGUAGGGGCGCCGUCCGGCGGUGGUCCUGAGAUUGAGAAGCUUGAAAGGGAAAUUCAGCAAAAAAAUCAGGAACUUCAAAAGCAAAAAGAGAGCCGUGAAAGGCAAAUUACACAGCUUAAAAGUGCUUUAAAAGAGCCUGAAAAGGAAAUUGAUGAAUACAUUAAGAACCUUACUGCACAAAUUGCUGACAUCAAUAAGAAAAUUGAUGACAUUAAACAAGCGGAAAGGAAGAAAAAUAAGGAUCUUAAAGAUGCAGAUAUCUCCAUUCCCUCCCAUCUUUCCAAUCCUCUUGAAACUGCGCAGGCUAAAUUGCAGUCUCAUGAGGCUUCGUUAACAUCGCUUCAAAGUCUUGGAAAGCUUAUGAAAUUCAAUGAGAGUGUUAAAACUUCUACAACCGGAGAAUGUAAAAGCAUUUUAAACAAUCUGUGCUCUGGCUUGGAGAAGUUCCUUGGUUACCAAGAAACUUCCAAAGGCUACGACGGCUCCGGCAUCGUGUACUCCGACCUUGACAGGCUCUGCGACGGGGUGAUGUCUUUCCUUCAUGGAGUUCUUGAGAGUGUUAAAGAUGAUGAGAGUGUGAAAACGUAUGAUAAUAAUCCACCAAAUGAUAUUAACAAUGUUCUUGACAGAUUAAAUGAUAGUGUAGGUAAAGGCCGUCAGGCCUUCCCGUCUGCCGUGUCCAAGGUAAGUGGGUGGUUGGAAAAACAUGGUGAGCAGGUGGACCAAAAAAUCAAGAAAGUAACGACACCGAUUACAAAGCUUUUAGAAGGCGGCAAUGAAGAUAAUUUCAAGAACAUUCCGCAGUUGAUUAAAGACAUUCAAGGGAUGCAGAGUCAAGACUACGAGAGUGUUGUUAACAAGAUUUCUCCAAAUGAAGGUAAGUUACAUAAGUGGCUUUCAUCUGUUUCAGGUCUGCCGACGAAGACUCAAGAGGCACUUAACGCACUUGAUAGCGUAGACAAAACACUUUUUAAUAAGUUGCAUCCUCACGUAAAUUUACUGCAUAAUGCUGUAGACACUUUUGUAGCAAACUCCAGGAUGGAUCACCAGGAUCUCAUCGCGGUUUGCACGAAAGUCGAUGGCGACCUUGAGGCGCUUGAAACAAAUGUGAAUGCAGUUGUUAUAAGUUCUGUGGGUCAGCUUAAAACCACUGUGACUGCGGGUAUAAAUGAACUUGAUAGGCAAGUUAAGAAAAUUCUGGAUGAGAAAGUUAAGACAUUACAGGAGACUGUCAAGAAGUUGGAGACUAUCAGGGGAAAGAUUGAGACGGCGGUUGGGAGUAUAAAUGAGAGGUUCAAGGAAAAUGGAUCGAAAAAUGGAGAUGAGACUGUGCCGUGUUGCCAAAAAAAGGCGCAAGGGAUUUAUGACAAGGCUUCGACUGAAAUUAAUGGUGUGGACCAGCUUGGAGGUUUAUGGCAGAAGAUUGAGCAGGCGCUUACGGGACUGACUGAGAAGAUUGCAAAAGGGGAAGGAAGUACGGCAUUGCUAGAUAAAACUGUCCAGGGUAUUGAAGAGUAUGCUCAAGAUUAUAAGAAAUGUUUUGAAAGGGCGAUCGAUCCGAUGGUUAAGGGCAUUGUGGAUAAGAACAUUGCUAUUAGGGGAUAUGUUACUGCAUAUGUUAGAAAGGUUGCCGCCAAUCAGGUAAAUAUAAAAUUUGAUCACGUAAAAAACGCCAUUGAAAAACAUGUUUGUAAAAUUGUUGAAAGUGUUAACGGUCAAGAACCCAACGCCGUCAAAAAUGAUAUUGUGGCAACAUUGACCAGCAUCCAGACAUAUCUUACCAAAGUUACAGAGAAGCUUCAUGAGACACAGGCAAAGCCACAAUUAGAAAACUUUAUGCAGGAAGUUGUGAGAUCGGCGCAACUCUCUCCUCACUCCCCCGACAAACAACUGUUUCUCCAACUCGCCGUCAAAGCUGUCCUGGCCGCAACAUCAACGGCAGCUGAAGAGUCAGGAAGGCAAUUUGCGGAAUUCGCUGUGAAUUCCCAGAUCGACAGAUUUAGUGCGGCUAUGAAGCUUGUUAAAGGCCUUAGUACGGAUCUUAAGGCACAAGUUAAUGCAACUAUUGAGAGCAUAAAAUCGAACGUAUCCAGUGAUGUCAUCACCCCCGCCAAGGCAAUUCAGACUAAGCUUACGCUAAUUAUUGAGGCGGUUAAAGAGCAUAUUACUGAACUCAAUAAGGCCGUUGCUCCCAAAAAUAGCUUUGCAGUAAAACAAGACAACACAGGUGAUACAAUCAUUGCCGGAGCCCAGAAACUGAUUGAAAAGGAUAUAACUGGGAUUAACAACGGCGUUGAAAGAGUGUUAGAAAAAGGACGCAAAACAUUAACUGACACUAUGAACUCAUCCAGCGAGAAUUGCCAAGAGGACAUAAAAUCCAGCGUGACGAACGAAACCAAAAGGUCAAAGACGCAAAUCAAAAAUGAGGCCCUUCAGAAAUUUGCAAAAACAAAAGAGAAGGAGCUCGACGCCCUGAAGAAGAUCGUCGCAACGCAAAGAGCUGAGGUCGAGAGAAUAAUAAAACACGACAGAGCAAACGGCCUAAAAGGGUUCUUGCUCAAGUUGAAGGGCGUAAGCGGCAAGGAUCUCGAGUCUCUAAAAAUCACGGAUGCAAUGUCAUCAACCGGCGAUAAAAUGCGUAUGCAUUUCGCCAAAUUAUCCGGCGACUUCAGAACCUAUUUAUAUCCUAUUCUUGAUUACGUUCGAGAGCAGGUGAAGACUCCGAUACCGCCGUCAUUUAGACGAGACAAUGAGAACUCUGAUAAGGUUGCCGCAAUUCACGGCGAUGUAAGAAAACUGCUGCGUCACCUGAGAGACAACGCAGAGAGGAAGCAUAACAUCGACCAUAAAUUUGCAGAGUUACUUGACACAGUCACUAGUUCACUUAACUCAUUUACUUCUUCCAAGUUCGACGGCAUUUUCAAUGCCACAUUAUGUGAUGUCCUGAAAGCUUCACUCAGCGCGUUUGGAAGACAGUUAGGAAAUGCGUACGUUAAUAGGUAUUCCACUGCACUUCCGAUCUCUGACUGGGACACUGUGGACGGCGACGGCCGCAAGGCCGCCAAAAUCGUUGUUACCAUUAUGAAAAUUUUAGCUGACGAUUUGACAGAUUUGCGACACGAAUGCAAAAAUGGUUGGAAGCAUAACAAAAUCAGUCUCGUUUCCACUCCUAACAUCCAUAAUCCCCUCGGCGCAUUCUUCAAGGGCUGCGGCUACAAGGUUUCCAAGUUGGAAGAGUCCUAUGAAGGAGAGCUGAGAUGUCAUGACAAGAUGAAGGGAGGACACAUUUCUCGAGACCUUCUUGACAUGGUAAUUCCCGGUGCCGCAAAAGAUUUGCAUCUUCCAAAAUGUAAACCGGAUGAAGCAAAGACACAAAUUAAAGCAACAUCAGAAUUUAAUAUAUUCAACAUUCUCGAUUGUCUCACAACUCACGUCGGUGAGUAUUACGAAUCUUGCCACCUCGAACUCCCUAAAUCCCAAAAGUAUCCGUGUUCCGUUCGUGAUAUCUGUGUAUGGCUUUCCGGCCUUCCUCACACUGCAGUUUAUAAAACAAUUGAGGGGCACUGUAAUAAGAUGCUCAAUGAGCAAGACAAGGCAACCGGUGCAUUCCCCAAUAAGGCCGAUGAAGUCAUGAAGAGAUCCUUGGAACACCUUAACGGUACCAUUGAAAAAACAUGUCACUUGGCACAUAGAUUACUAGUCUCCAUCCAGGGCAACGGCAGUGGCGCUGACUACGCUGCGUACCCGUAUGCGUGUUGCUUUGAGAACAACCACGGAGGGUUCCAUUACCCGGGUGAUCCGUCGUCGUUGCUUGACAUGUUGAAAUAUAUGUGUACUCGUUUGUUACGUGCACUGUGCUUCUUACAUCAACAAUGUAAGCACACCGCGUCUGACGGCAACGGGUGGCGUGAGUGUCAAUAUGGUUAUCGCGUCGGCAGCUACCACUGGGACUGCGACAAGUCAGUCGAUGACUCAAGCACACAACCAAAGAUUCAAGCUAAGUGCCAACCAAAUAGUGAACCAAAUGACCAACCAAAUUGCUUACCAAAGUCCCCGCUUCAGGCCCAUCUUAUGGACGGGCUUCCUGGUUUCAUGCCGCAUAAGUUCACAUCAAUUGGUUGCCAGCCCAUGUGCUCAACGUGCCCUAAGGGCUCACUGGUUGGUCAAUGUAUCACCCCGAUGGGCUUUGCAGAUUUGGCAACUGCAGGCUCCAUUACAGGCCGUGGCGAUGACCUCGUUGAUCUGCUUUCUACACUUUGUAGAAACGGCGCAUCAGUUCUCUGUGAUUUAGUGCACGCAUUACAAUGCAUAUCGCCCUCUCCACCGAGGGGCUUGGCAGAGAUGUUCUCGUACUACUGUAACAUAAUGCAGAAAUCAUACGGUUCACUGUAUGGUCAUGACUCCGAUUGCAAAGGUAAAAUUGAUGAAGCCAUUCAUCUAAGUUUCCCGUUCAAAAAUGAUAUGUGGCUUCACAACAAAUACAGUGCUUCCAAGCUUACAGAUGCGCUGAAAGCAUUGUAUUGCUCCGAUAACGAACAUAACGGUGCCAUAACCGACGAUAAUCAUCGUGGUCUUCAAAGUUUGUCCCCAAAUCCGACUACUGGUGCCGACCAAUGCCAGCGUACUGACUCGAUCACCUGCGCUCCCUACCUCAAAGCUCUGUGUCACGACGCCUGUCACACAUAUCCCGCAAAACAUAAGGCCUUGUAUCUGUCAUGGCUUUGCCGGUUGGCAUGGACAUUCUGGGAUUUGCUUGAUCAGUUGCUCAAGGCGUUUAAUGACAUAUCCUGUCAAUCAUAUGGGUGUACAUGUAAAUGCGGUUUUGGUAAACACGGAGUAGUAGAGGAAGAUACAUCGCAAGCGCCAAAAGCUCCUAAGCCCAGUUGCCACUGCACAUCGAUCGUCGAGUGUAAAGGGCCUAUGUCCGUAUUCUACCAGUACGGAUUCAUAUUCGGAUUACCGAAGGAGUUGAUGGGAUCUCCAGGCAAGAAGACAUGUGACAAUUUUGUAAAGCAGUUAACAAGAAUUCUAACGAAAGGAUACUUCACAGAAUUAUUUGAAGAAAUCGACGAAUUCAUCUGGGCAAUACGCACACCCUUCUCCUACCUCUUAUUAGCCCUCUGGUCGCUGUCGCUCCUGUACCUGCUGCACAUCGCCGUCGUCCGCCUCGACGUCCUGCGGAUACGCUCCCACCUGAGAUCACCCUCAAGCCACCGCAUCGCCGCGCAGUCCCUCCUCGCCGCCGCAAAAGUCAAGGCACUCGCCAACAUCAAGUACUUCUCACCAUAA